UGAUUUCUGACUUAUAUUGAUUCCUAAUAAAACAAACAGCUGUUUUGUCUCUACUGGGCAUUGCACAUAGUGAAUUUACGAAGGAAAAAAAAUUACCAAAGGCUAUGUAGCCCAGAGACUGACAAGAAACCACAUUUUAAUUUUUUUCAGAAGUUACAGGCACAUUGCAAUUUGGGAGUAGAAACUGGAUUUAAAAAUUCAUAACUUCUUCCAACACAAUAGGCAAAUUAGUAUUUUUGUAAUUGAAUAUAAGCUCCCAAGAGCAAGAACUUUUGUGUUUAAUUUACUGUUUUAUCUCCAGAAGAUAGAAAAAUGCCCUGCACAGAGAAAUACUGGCUAAGCGAAUAAAUGAAUUUGUCUUGAGCAGAGUUUUGUGUGCUAAACUUGUACCUUUAUAAGGAAGAUGACUACAGAUAUAGAUAUACAGAUAAUACUUCUGCUCCCGCAACUGUUGUUAGCUACCUGAACAAGACUGCAUAACAAGAGAGGAAAAGUUUAUAACACUCUUAGGACCCAGAAGGCUUCCAAUGCAUUUUAGCUAUUACAUUACGCUUUGAAAUGAAAAAUAUCUGAUGUUAUAAAGCAGGACGCUUGGUGGCGCUGCAGGCUAAGAGAGUGAAAAUCUGUCUCUGCAGCCUCCAUAAAAGCUGAGCGGUUUCUGGCAACUCGAAAAGGAAACGUUUUACACUACUGGGGAUAAAGGGUUUCAGAUAGGCAGCUAUCCCCAUGUCAGUCAAUGUUAAGAAGAAUUAACAAGAUUAUUGAAGCAAGAUAGCAGAGUUGGCUGCAAAGCAAUUAUUUUGGGAUUAAAUACUGCAUCUUUUGGACCCUGAGGAAUGAUGGAGACGCCGCUGCCCAAAGCGCCGCAGAAAAGGCAAGUGACCGCCAUUAUUAUCCUAUUGCUAUUGUGGGAGGCGGGCGGCGCGACCAUUAAGUAUUCUGUUCUAGAAGAGAGGGACAGCGGUUCUUUUGUGGCUGACCUAGCAAAAGAUCUGGGGUUGGGCAUAGGGGAGCUGGCCUCGCGGGGCGCCCGGAUUCUUUCCAAAGGGAAUAAACAGCAUUUGCGGCUCGAGCAGAAGAGUGGAAGUUUGCUCCUAAAAGAAAAAUUGGACAGGGAAGAGUUGUGCGGUGACACAGAUCCAUGUAUACUGCAUUUCCAGGUGUUACUGAAAAACCCGGUGCAGUUUAUUCAAGGUGAACUGCAGCUCCUAGACGUAAAUGACCAUGCCCCAAAAUUCUUGGAAAAUGAAAUCCUCCUGAAAAUCCCGGAAAGCAGUCAUCCGGGGACUGCAUUUCCUUUGAAAAUAGCGGAAGAUUUAGACGUGGGCAGCAACACAGUUCAGAACUACACAAUUAGCACAAACUCCCAUUUCCACCUUUUCACUCGCAAUCACAGCGACGGCAGGAAAUACCCGGAGCUGGUAUUGGACAAAGCGCUGGACCGUGAGGAUCAGCCGGAGCUCAGGUUAACCCUCACGGCGCGGGAUGGCGGGUCACCGCCCAGGACUGGGACUUCCCAGGUUCUCAUCUUGGUCCUGGACAUAAACGACAACGCCCCGGAAUUUGCUCAGCCACUCUACGAGGUGCAGGUCUCAGAGAACAGCCCCAUAGGCUCCCUUGUCAUCACUGUCUCCGCUAGAGAUUUAGAUGCUGGGACCCACGGAGAACUUUCCUACUCAUUUUUCCAAUCCUCAAAUCAAGUCGUUCAGGCCUUUGAAAUAAACACAGUCACGGGAGAAAUUCGAUUAAGAAAAAUGUUGGAUUUUGAGGAAAUUCAAUCUUACCGUAUGGAAAUUGAGGCCUCAGACGGCGGAGGUCUCACAGGAAAAUGCACAGUAGCAAUAGAAGUGAUGGAUGUAAACGACAACGCCCCCGAACUGACCAUGUCGUUACUCAUCAGUGACGUCCCAGAAAACACCCCUGACACUGUGGUCGCUAUUUUCGGAAUUUCAGAUGCAGACUCCGGAGACAACGGCAAAAUGAUGUGCUCCAUCCAAGCUGAUCUCCCCUUCCUUCUGAAACUUACUGUAGAAAAUUUCUACACUCUGGUAACAGAAGGAGCGCUUGACAGAGAGAGCAGAGCCGAGUACAACAUCACCAUCACCGUCACAGACAUGGGAACACCCAGGCUGAAAACCCAGCACAACAUAACCGUGCUGGUCUCCGACGUCAACGACAACGCCCCGGCCUUCACCCAAACCUCCUACACCCUCUGGGUCCGCGAGAACAACAGCCCCGCCCUGCACAUCGGCAGCGUCAGCGCCACGGACACAGACGCAGGCGCCAACGCCCAGCUCACCUACUCGCUGCUGCCGCCCCAGGACCCGCACCUGCCCCUGGCCUCCCUCGUGUCCAUCAACGCCGACAACGGCCACCUGUUCGCCCUCAGGUCCCUGGACUACGAGGCCCUGCAGGCCUUCGAGUUCGGCGUGGGCGCCACGGACCGCGGCUCGCCGGCGCUGAGCAGCCAGGCGCGGGUGCGCGUGCUGGUGCUGGACGCCAACGACAACUCGCCCUUCGUGCUGUACCCGCUGCAGAACGGCUCUGCGCCCUGCACCGAGCUGGUGCCCCGGGCGGCCGAGGCGGGCUACCUGGUCACCAAGGUGGUGGCGGUAGACGGCGACUCGGGCCAGAACGCCUGGCUGUCGUACCAGCUGCUCAAGGCCACGGAGCCCGGGCUGUUCGGCGUGUGGCCGCACAACGGCGAGGUGCGCACGGCCAGGCUGCUGAGCGAGCGCGACGCGCCCAAGCACAGGCUGCUGGUGCAGGUCAGGGACAAUGGCGAGCCGCCGCGCUCGGCCAGCGUCACGCUGCACGUGCUGCUGGUGGACGGCUUCUCCCAGCCCUACCUGCCGCUGCCCGAGGCGGCGGCCGAGCAGGCGCGGGCCGACCCGCUCACCGUCUACCUGGUCGUCGCGCUGGCGUCGGUGUCGUCGCUCUUCCUCCUGUCGGUGCUGCUGUUCGUCGCGGUGCGGCUGUGCAGGAGGAGCAGGGCCGCGUCGCUGGGUGGCUGCUCGGUGCCCGAGGGCCCCUUUCCGGGCCACCUGGUGGACGUGAGUGGCACCGGGACCCUGUCCCAGAGCUACCAGUAUGAGGUGUGUCUCAGGGGAGGUUCAGGGACCAGGGAGUUCAAAUUUCUCAAACCGAUAGUCCCCAUCUUCGCGGGUGAAGGAGCUGAUGGAGACACUGAGGAAAACUCUAACUUCAGAAAUCAUUUUGAGUUCAAUUAGGAAUCUCACCUUGACAAGAGUUAUAAAUGAUAAUAGUCAUUUUAGUACUAGUUCCCAAUCCUUUCAUUCACAUAAAGAGCUUACAUAUUCACAGUUAUUGUCAUAUUUAUAGUUAUUUCUACCUGUUGAAGCAUUUUACAUUCUGAAUCUCUGGGUGUUUUGUUGUUAUUUUUGUUCUUUUUAGCCAUCUCACAUUUUGCAUGUCCAUACAAUAGCUGAGAAAUCGUGUUCCUCAGGUUUUUGGGUGUUAGGUUUGUGGAAGUCAGAAAUGUUUUCAGGUUUCUGAUCUUUGAGCUUGUUCAUUAAUAUCUUGUUAUGAUUAAGAGAAUUGUGUUUUAUGAUUAUUAUCAGCAUGAGUCUAACUAUUGUAAAUGACAGCUUUCAGUUUUAAAAAUAAUUUUCAUUAAUGCAAAAACUUUUGUGAACUCAAAUUGUUGGAUUUCUGUAGUGUUGUUUUGAAAAUACUAUUGUCUUUCCUCAAAUGAACUAAUAUUUUAUCUGUUUUCUAACUUGCGUACUUUCUUUCAAAAUUGAUAUCAUUUAAUUCGAUCAUCUGCUAUAAUUUUAAACGAUUCUAGUCCUUUUAAAUAGAAAAAAUAUUGGUAGUCUUAAGAUUACUUUUUCAUAAUAAAUGGAUUUGGGUACGUAAAUAAUGAUUCUCACUCUUUUAAAAUAAUAUAUAGUCACAUGCUUAAACAUAUUUAAUAAGAAAAAAGAAAGCAAAUUAACAUCAUUAUUCCACCAUUCAGAAAUAAUUAUCAUUAACAUUAAGUCUCUAUCAGUCUAAAAUAUUUCUACAAAUGCAUUUAAGAAUAAGUUAAUAGAUGGAAAUAAUUUUAUAAAAUGCAUCUAUAAUAAAUUGCUAACUUUAUGAUUAAAACUAUCAGAUUUUACUUGAAUAUGAUAAAACAAAAUAAUAUGAAGCUACAGAACUUGCUUAAGCUUACAUAAAUAAUCCCUACAACGUUAAAAAACAAGGGUAUGAUGCAUAUUAAGAUAUUAGCAUCACAACUGUCUGCUUGAAAAUGAGCAAAUAAACAUUUUCCUCCCUCCUCUCCUCAUCUUAUUUUAUACUUUUUGUUAUAGUUACUUUAUUAAUGUUUAUAACAUUUACAAUGUAUUUCAAAAGGAUAAUCCCCACAAUUGUUCAGACAUUUUACGUUUUAAAAAUUUGUCAUAUAAUGCUACACUUUUUUUCAGUUUUAUUCAAGAUUGACUGUCUGGAGUUAACUUCUGAAGCUCUUGUUUGUUUCAUGAUAUUUUCAUAUUUCUAAACAAUAUGCUUCUAAAAUACUUUUUAUCAAAUUUCAGGUUUAGAUACUAUUUGCUUUUUUUUUUUUUUUUAGAUUUAAAAUUUU